CUUCAUCACCCCCGACACCCGCACCCCUGCUCGCUGUCUCCGUCUGCACACCGUCUCCUGCAGGCUUUGCUCGCCAUGGAUACGCCCAAAGCCGAGCCGCCGCAUUCCGCGCCCCUUCCUGUCGCCGUCGUCUCCAUUCCUGGACGGAAGCACUGCCAUCUCAAGACCCGCUUCAACCAGAUCGUCGUCAACGAGGACGCACAUGACACCUUCCGCUUCACGAUCCGGCUGCCGUCUGCCAUUACGCCUGGCUCGCUGCGCAGAAUCACCGAUUUCUCGGCCUGCGCAAACCCACGGGUCCUCUCGCCAGCAUGCCACCAUGUCUCGGUCUUCUACAUUGCGGACGGACAUGGAGAGUCCUAUGCCGUGCCCCAGACCCGCCUGUCCGCCUCGCAGUGGAGCGGAAGCAAAGCCGAGCAAUUCAUGCGCGUCCUCAAGCCUGUUGUUCGCCAGGUUCUGGAGGAGAUCUUUGACGACGCCAUUGAUUGCUGGAAACGAGGCGAGCUGGAGCUCUGGCGCUCGGAACCGUCCGCGACAGCAACUGCAACUGCAACUGCAACUGCAACUGCAACUGCAACUGCAACUGCAACUGCAACUGCAAUUCACUCUCAUGUGGUUGAUCCUUUGUCUGCCAAGGACUCAUCUGCGUCAGCUGCCAUGUCAUCGCCCCACCCAGAACCAAGAACUCUUGCCGAUCCGUCCUCCGACCGCGUGGACUCUGUGACGUCGCUCCUCGCUUUCUUCCAGACCACUCGCCCCGAGCCUUCAUCUCCAAGACCAAGAUCCUUCGAGGGCGUGAAGGACCCCGAGGAGGAAUUGCUAGAGCUGCAACAGCUGGAGCAAAAGGAUCGCAGGGUCGGUGCGGCGCCUGUCAAUCACCCAUCAAGUUUGGACGCCAGCGUGCCCAGCACCUCGGACGGCAAUGUGCUAUCGGUGGCCUCGUCGCUCCACAGGCUGUACGGACACAUCACCCGGCUCCUCAAACAUCUGCAGGUCCGCAUCGACGAUAAUCUCCUGCAGGCACAUCCCAAUCUGUCCCGCGACAACGGCGCAACGCUGAGCCUCGGCAUCGUUCUGCAUUCCACGGUGUGGUUCUGCAACGUUGGCGAUUCGUCCAUGAUGCUCUUUGACCGUAUCUCGGGCGAGCCGCUCAAGGUCUGGAGGCGUGGGAAUGGCUUGGACGACGUGUGCCACACGGCUUCCUAUGAAGACUCGCUCGAAGGAUAUCCCAGCUCCCUGCCGGAGGGGCAAAGCCUCAAGUCGGUCUCGCGCGACUACGAAAAGAUCAAGGACAACUGCAGAGCCUCGCGCCGCGGCGACAGGAUCUACUACACCGUUUCCAGUGCCCUGAGCGACUACGGGUUGUGCAUGACCAAUUCUCUGGGAAACCACAACCACAAAGCUCGGCUCUUCAAUCGCACGACUGUGUACUGCUUCGAUAUCCCGGCACUCGUCCGACAGACAGAGUCAGGAUGUCUCGCUGCGGUACUUGUUACCGAUGGAGUGAAGGACGUCAUGAGUUCGGCCGAGAUCGGCAAAGCCUUUGUCUCGACCGAUGCGGCCAUCGCCAAUCUGACUCACUUCAGGCACUUGGGUUCCGAGGAAAGCAAGACCGUGGAACUCGGCGACCUGAUCGAUCUCGCUGCCCAGAGGACAAGCAACGACGCUUUGGUUCGUCUGGAUCGCCACCACAUGAUUGCCAAGGACGACCUGAUUGAGAUUUGCAUGAAGGAAGACGACCAGCGAUCCGUGGAUCCCUUCUUGACUGUCGAUUCGAGCCCAGACAGCAAAAGCAACAACGACAUUGCCAAGGGGCUUGUCGGGACGCCCUCGGAUGCGCUGGCCCCUCUCGAACAGAUUGCCGCUGCCAUCACCAACCUGGGCAUCGUGCGCAGAAGCAACGACGAUUGCACCACCAUGGUCGUCGACUUGGGCUUCUUUGCAUCCAGCCAGACCCGAGCCGCACCCGUUUCUCCCCACGAGCAGCACUAUCACAGCAGCCUCUCUGGCCCCUGUGUCGUCGGCUGGAAUGAUGGUGUCGAACGGCCCCCAGCGAGCCCAAGCGACUGUUCGUCUCGUUCGCCGAUCUCGACAAAGCCUGCUGCAUGGAAUGUCUUUGGAUUUGACGACUCGCCGAGUCCAGCCAGCUCGGCUGGCGCCAGUGAGACCUCACUUGUUGCCAGCGAGGAGGAGCCUAUCAUCAGCAUGCUGCCAGCGGACAGCACCCAACUUGAAUCCGACCCGCCAUCGCUAUCGCCGCCGCUAUCGUCACAAACAGACCCCGCAGAGCGCAGCCACGGCAUCGAGUCCAGUGCCAGAACCCUCUCGGUGGCCACCAGCAUUCUGGAGACUCCAAAUGUCCCAGGCUCGCCCGACUUUUGGCCGGAUCAAGAUGCCGAGGUGUCUGAGGUCUCCGAGCAUCAACCACCAUCCAGCUCCCACGCGCGGUCAAGGGCACCGCCCGCGUUCGAGUUUUAUCCUGGAACCAUCUUUCGCAGCGUCUCGCACCUCUCGACCACAGCGACGACAGCGACAUCGCCGGCAAUCUCCCAUUGCGCAACGACGCCGCGAAUCGACACAGAUAUGGAGUUCUAUGACUCACUCAGCGACGAAGACUCGGUGUCUCUGUUUGCGGAUGGCGUAGAGUGCUGCGAUACUUUGUCUCUCGGGCCGAUCUCGAGACAUGAAGGUCUCGACAUCCAAUUGCCUGUCGGUCUCUUCCCUGAACGCACUGCCGCCUCCCAAGCAAAGUCGCCCGCCACGCUCUCUGUCCUUCACCUCGAAAUAGCACCAUUCGGGCUUCUGCCGUCCAAGCUUGCGUGUGUUGCUGUUGCAGCAUCACCGCCGACUGGCAGCGGAGAAAUCGCUGCCGAGUCGGCUUCAUCUCUUGACGGUCGGAUACGACGGAAACGUAGCUGGGACCCUGAGCCGCCGCUGCAGUUGUAUCCCGGAGUGGGAUUCGACUGGGGGCUUGAUUUGAGCCGGGUAUCAAAGCGUCCCAAGAGCGCCUCGGACGACCUGCCGUUGAAUGUGAGCAGCAGCAUUCGGCCAAAAGACUCCCCUGGCUCAGAUACCAAGAGACCAAGGCUGAAAUGAGCUCGGCCAAGCAAGUCUUUGCACAGAAACCAAGUGAAUCGAAUGUUCCCAGCCAAGCGUGGCCAGCCUGCUCGCUCUCUGUCGCAGUACUUUUCCAAGAGGCAUAUCCACCACCGUUGCUGUCGAUACCACAACAUUUUUGAAUCGAUGAAG